AUGGCUAUCGAGCUCCCCGAUCCCAGCGCGGCUCUCCUCUCAGCAGACGGCCAGACGCUCUGGGCUCCAGGCGCCUUAGUGGCGACUUGGGAUCUUCCGGCCGGCUCUCGCACAGCCUGCGGCGUCUUCCUCCCCUUCCCAGCGCACGCCCUCAAACUCGCCAUAACUAUCCUCACACUGUCUCCCACGCAUGUAUAUGUGGACGCGGAGACGGCACGCACCUUGGUCGCGCUGGAGGCAUACGGAGUCCCCGUCCUAAAUGCGCUCCUUGACGCUAAUUCACCCCCCGCCAUAUCCUACACACUGCUGGCGGUGCGCAACAUUAUGGCGGACAAGACGAACGAGGGCUACAACACCGAUCGCUUCCGUCCCUCCCCACCACUUCCGCAUGCAGUCCCGACGUGGUGCCGCCUCGUCCUGGAGGAACGCGCGCCGCACGCCCUUCGCGCGCUCGAUGCAUAA